AAAGGUGAUUGCAAGCGUCUGCUUGGAUUUCCUGCUGCUCGGCAUGUACAUGAAAAGGAGACCUGCAGGGAUUUGUUAAUUUCUUUCUGAUCUGCUGUCAGAGGGCGAAGAUGUCUGUGCAGGGAGCUGGAAGUCCCCUCCUGGAUUUGCUCUGGUGUUAGGGACCCGUUCAUUGCUGGUGAUGUCUGCUGGAACCUCUUCAGAGUCAGAGCCACCGAGAAACACAGGGACUGUCGCCUUGGGAUUUUGUACAGCGGCGUGCGUCAACCCGUUUUCAGACCUGUGGGUUUACUGUAGCUGAAUACGGGGAGAGCAGAGAGAAGAGGAACCUCCUGAUUUUUUCUUUAAAAAAAAUUCCUGUAACCACUGGAGGCGUGGGAUCUCAGCUGAACUGUGGCUCAUGGAAUUUACUGUAUUCAUGAGCUGGAGUCUGUGUUGCUAGCUCUCACCCCUACAAUCAAUUGCAUACUUGAGUUGUGUGGACUACUGUUUUUUUUAAUCUCUCUGGCCACUGUUCAGAGGUAUCUUCCUGGUUGAACAUGGCUGGCCAGUUUAUGCUUCAGAAGGUGUGAAGCCAAAAGAUAAGGACAAUAUUCCAGAUGACACAGGAACAGUACUUGACUCAACGAGACAACAUCCAGACCUCAGAAAACCAAUAUGUCUACAAAAUUGGGAUUUAUGGUUGGCGAAAGCGGUGCCUUUAUUUUUUUGUCCUCCUCUUGAUGAUUCUGCUCUUGGUGAAUCUCGCUCUGACAAUAUGGAUCCUGAAGGUCAUGAAUUUUACAAAAGAUGGCAUGGGGCAUCUAAGAAUCACUGACAAGGGCCUGCGGUUAGAAGGACCAUCUGAGUUUUUGCAGCCUUUGUAUGCCAAAGAAAUCCGAUCCAAAGCAGACAGCUCCCUUUACUUGCAGUCUUCUCGGAAUGUUACAGUCAGCAUCCGGAAUAGUCAGGAUCAGACUGUUACACAGUUAAAUACAGGAAGUGAAGCUAUAGAAGCACGUGGCAAGCGUUUUGAAGUCACUUCUAAUACCAACAAGUUAUUGUUUUCAGCGGAGGACAGUGAAGUAGUUGUUGGUGCUGAUCGUUUACGAGUCUUAGGUGCUGAAGGAGCUGUGUUUGAAAGGUCUCUAGAAACACCACAUAUCCGAGCUGAACCUUUUAAAGAACUGAGACUAGAAUCGCCUACACGUUCACUAAUACUGGAGGCACCGAAAGGAGUUGAGAUCCAUGCAGAGGCGGGUAACAUGCAGGCUAUUUGUCGAACAGAAUUGAAAUUGGAAUCUGAAGAUGGCGAGAUCAAUUUGGAAGCUAGAAACAUAAAACUCCCCAGGCUACCUAUGGGUUCAUACACUUCCUCAUCAUCAACUCAACAAAAUGUUUUUGAGGUGUGUGCUUGCCCAAAUGGCAAACUGUUCCUUUCGCAAGCAGGAGUGGGCUCCACAUGCCAGAUAAGCAGUAGUGUCUGUCUAUAAAAUAAAUUAAAAAUAAACCUUUGCAGGGACAGAAAUCUACAAGUAUCGCCAGCAAUGUCAGGCCUGUUGAAUUUGGACAUUUAUUGGCGGCCAUAGCUGUGUGGCAUCAGCCUGCUGGACAUCAUGGGAAAGGCCUCCUAAAUAGACACUUUGUGCUGACUGUCUUCAAACCCUGUUCAAAGUAUUGUUUCAGUAUAAGCGUUAAAAACAAAACAGGAAUAAUUUAUACUGAGACAUAUUGCUAUAACAUCUCUGUUCAAAGAGGGUAAAAACAAAUGUAUGCCUUUGCCUUAACUGAAUGCACUCAGCAAGGAAAGCACAUUAUUUUUAAGUUUCAUGUGUGUAAUUUGGAGUGCAAAGAUUACACAAUGUGUAAACUGAUUAAUAUCCAGUACUGACAUUGAACCCAGUAAUCAUCAGGUUUUGGACUGUAGGUGCUUUGAUUGAGUAUAUUAGGAAAGAAAAGAAAUGGCUUAGCAGAUGGCAUGGCAAGGUUUGGCUCAUUUAUUUGCUAACUUUUAGCAACAAAUUGGUGUGUUGGCAGUUGUCAGUAAUCACAGCAAUCCCAUUUUGAGGGUUUUUUUGUGGUACACUACUAAUGUAUCCCAGUUAUUGUUCUUUUUUAAAAAAAAACCUGACAUCAUUAAAAGUCAACUUAUUAACAAAUGCUUCCAUUUUUAAUUAAAUUUUGUUUUUUUUUAAUUCAAUUUUUUAAUUAAUUGAAUUAGCCUUGAUGAGUACUUUGGUGCAGCAUUGAGGGAGUACGACCUUUUCAGAGAUGUGACCAUUUUAAUAAGAUGUUAAAUUCAUCCUCUAUCUGCUGUUGUGGAUAUAAAUAAAGCUAUGGCACUAUUCAAAGAACAUGUGCCUUCCUUAACCAACAUAACCAUCAAAAAACAGACAACAUGAACUGCCACAUUUCCAUACAUUACAUUGAUGAUGACGCUUUCAAAUUAUUUGAUUAUGUGUGAGGUGUUUUUGAGAGACCUGAUAAGAAGCUGCAUAAAUGCAAGAUCUCUCUUAUUGUAACGUAAAUAAUAUUUCAGUGUUUGAUUCUUAAAAGUUUUUGCAUCAUUAUAAAUUUUCACCCCUAAAAUUUUUUUGUGUGUUUUUUGUUUGUCACUGUAGUUAUUAUCUUUAACCAUCACCUGAAAAUAUUUUGAAGAAUUUGGAAGGUUUAUCUUCAUUUAUAUUUUCUUCCUUUUGAUUCACCUCAAUGCCACUCAUAUCCAGCCAUUUACAUCAUCUGGAGACCUGCUCCAGGUUUCCGAGAAUCUUGUUGAUGAACCAGUUACUUCUUUAGAUGCAUGACACUUGUCUCCACAGGUGUAUUUAUGAGAAAAAUUGAGCAUUCCCCUUUUCUUUUACCUGUAAUAUAAUGCCUGAUCUUCUUUUGCCACUUUUCAGACAGAUCAGGCUCACUAGGUAGAGAAUUCUGUGGACAUUCUUUCAAUCAGCAAUUUAGAAUCUGAGUGGUAGGACUUUUUUUUUCUCUAUUCAUUCAUGGGAUGAGAGCGUCAUUGGCUAAACCAGCAUUUAUUGCCGAUCCCUAAUAGCCCAGAGGGCAGUUAUGAGUUAACUGCAUUGCUGCUAGUCCAGACAAGGUAAAGAUGGCAGUUUCCUUCCCUAAAGGAGCAGAUGGGUUGGAGUAAUGUUUGCUUUAUUGAAAAGUGGACAAUCUUUUAGUAAUAAAGAUGGAGAUAUUAAUUAAUUAAUCCCCACAACAUUUCACAAGGUUAAACAAUUGGCAAAUGAAUAUUUGAGAAAAGAUGAUUUGAAAGCAAUGACAACACUGAGUAACUAAUCGCAUUUGCUACUUUUUGACUCAACACAGUUAGAAAAGAUAAGUUUUGUUUAGAAAUAAACAAAGAAUUAAGUCAUUUAAGUUACAGUGCUGUGGUCUAAACAUAUCAAGGCCAUUAACGUGUAAAACAGUGUAGUUAUUCCAAUAUGCAAAGAUAACCAGUAAAAACGCUACUGUCAAUUAAACCAUGCUGAUAUUUAAAGGCAAGAAUGAGUUUUUGUUUGGAAAAUCUGCUGGAAACUGAUUGACUAAAGUCUCAGGUUUUAAAGCCAUUGGUGUAAUGGACUACAGUCUACAACCUGCUGAUUUUGAGGGAACUGUAAUCAGUGCACUCCUGGUGUGUAUGUACUGGUGUGUUGUGGUAGAUCAAUAGAAAAAUAUUUUGGGGUUUUUAUAUAUUAUGAACCUACUUUAUGGCUUUGAGUUACUGAGUAAGAAAGAGUCACAGACCAAAGAGUGAUGGGAAUUCAGCCACACUGUCCAUACAUUAUAUGGUGCUUACUUUCAUGACUCUGUGAGGGCUUGGUAAGGUGUCAUCUUAUUUCCUGUCAAUGGGAUCAAGACCAGGGCAGACCACAACAGCAGGAUUUGCAGAAAUUAGCAAAAUAUAUCGGAAAACUCUCAGGGGCAGGAUUGGAAGUGAGGCCAGAGGAACAGGUCUUGGCUGACCAAUAUAUGUACAUUAUACACAUAGCAUUUAAAAUUUUGGAGUUUUUUUGAAGAACCAGACAAAAAUGCCAAAUCCAAAGUUAUGAGCAGCAAGCUACUUUGCAUAAAGCUACAGUCAGUGUUCAGGAAAUGUCCAUUACUACCACACUGUCCACUUCGUUAACUUUAGAAUUUAAAUUGGAUCAGCCUCAAAAUUUUUAUUUAUUUUCUUUUCUAGUAGACACAUGAUUAUCAGUCUGUUGCACACUAUAAUGUUUUCACUGUGACAGACAAACUUUGUGGUCACAAAGAAUAAAGCCUGUUCAUUUUGAAAAGAAAUUGUGUUUGCUUUUUUCUAAAAAAAAGGCAAUAGUACUUUGAGGCUGAUUUUUCAUGGCAAGGGACUUUCACCGAUGCCAACUGCAUGUUCAAGUUAAAAUUUAUUAUUUGAACAAGAGCUGUCAGCUUCUUGCUGAAGUAACGCAUAUAUUUGGCACAGGCACCCCAUAUCAUUAACAACACUGAAUAAAUAGGCCCACCAGACACCUCAAAUUAACUAUAGUUAAAUGUUAUUAUUGUUUACUGGUAAAUAUUUAUGUAAAAAUCAAAUUUAACUGUUGCUGAAAUGAUACCAUACCAUUACAUAGACCUUGUAGCAUUGAAAUAGGCCAUUCAGCUCAACUGAAAAUAAGAGUAUUUAUACCGCACAUGAACUUCUUCCACCCUAUUUUGUCUCAGUCUAUCAUCAUAACCUUCCAUCCCUUACACUUUGAGGUGCUUAACAAACUUCUCCUGAAGUGUAUCCAUGCUAUUUCUCUCCUAUGCCACAAGUCAGUGGAAUAAAAUUAAAAGGAAGCAGAAGGAAAUACCCAAUCAUAGGUACCUUUCACUCUUAAACAAACAACUGAAGAAGGGGAAGGCCAAGGAGGAGAAUGGUAAUUGAUUUUUUAGUGUCAUUACAUUUGAGAUAUUUUGGAGCAUUUUUGUUUUCUUCAACACUUUGAUAGUAUCUUAUUUUGAUUCUGCUUUCUGUUAAUUCAUUUAUUUAUUCAGUGCAACAUCAAAGCCUGGGGAAAUACUAGAAAUUGUUCUGAGAAAAGACUUCAUUCAUUGAUAGCAUUUGCAUCCUGUUUAUAAGGAACUUGUAGGAUCAUCUUUCCUGGUUUUGUUUGGUUAUAAAUCAGCUUAAAUUGUCAGAGAAAUACUUCUCUAAAAAUUCUUCGAGAGUCAUUGGUGUGUUGGAAGUUUGUAAGUUUGUUCAUCAAAGCCUUGUCAGUUUAUUGCUUUCGGCAAAAUUAUAAACAUAUUUAAAAGAACUCAUUGAUGUUGUUUCUACAUAUUGCAGGCCAGAGGAAGCUUUGUUCCAUAAUUAGCGAUAAACAAUUUUACACCAUAUUGUUGAAAGCCUUUCCACUGCGCAUGAUGAUAAAAUCCCAAUAUUUCUGCAUUUCCAGUACUUCUCUUCUAUCCUAAUGAUCUCAUAAAGAUGGUUCUUCAAAUUGGGGAUGUGCUUGCCUUAAAAAGUGUUGCUGGAUUUAGUAGAUGCAAGCUCUUUCCUAGUUUGCUGUCAUUCCUGCCCUAGUGGGAUUAUGCUGACAUGUACUUGAAUGUUGGGAGAGAAAUUCAGGUUGCAGAACCUGCUUGAAAUAGUCAAAAUGCACAGCUGUUGAACAUAUUCAUAUGGACCCAGAUUAUAUAUAAUUUAUUUUUUCUAAAUUACCUCCAUUAUAUCACAAUGAAGCACUUUACUCCCAAUUCCUGGCCUUAAAUAAAGAAAAUAUGUAUUUUGUUUUUAUACUGAAAUGCAUAACACAAGUAACUAUUGUUAUUAAUUUUAAGCUUUUUUUCUUUUCCCGCUUCUUUGAUUAUCGUUUAGUCUUCCUUCCAUUUUCCAUCUAGAACAAUUGAGGAAGCUUUGUGACUGUAACAAUGAAGUGUAUGAAUGUAAUCUGUAUUAACUGCACCCUACUUUCCAUUUUCUGCCAUGUCUCCCUUUCCAUGAGAAAAUGCCUUGUCUAUUUCAUUCACCCCUCUUCCCCACAUCAUCUCUCUUACUAGUAAUUUUCCCCCGGAUUAGAAAUUGACUAUGGGAAGCUUACAGGGAUACAAAUGCAUACUGACCAAUCAUAAGUUUUCAACAGAGUAAUUCAUAGAAACCCCUACAUUGUGACUUUUUUGUUUGCUCGAAUUUUGAUGUCCCAGUGAGAGUCUUACAUGGUUUAAUAUCUCCUCACAAAUCACAAGUCUUCAGGCAGUUUGUGGUUCCAACUGUACUGCGAGGGUGUGAUCUUUUUAAUUGUUAAUGAACAUUAGAAGGCUACAUCUUCAAUAAGCUGUGUCAGAAGAGUGAGGAUCAAGCUGGUUUUCAUUUGUGUGUUACCACUACAUAAGUUAUAUCAGGUAAAGUAUAAAUCAAAAAUGAACAAAAAAAAACAGGAAUAUGCAUUUCCAGGCUCCCAGCCAAUAACCUGAACAAUGAAUUAGCUCGAAAAAUCAUACAGGGUGGAUAGAAUUACAAUAGUGUUUUACUGAAAUACUGUUCUUUGCACUAAAGCAGCAGAUCUAGGUCACAAUAAUGACAUGAGAAAGUUUUAAACUAAAAGUAACCUAAGAUAUAACUUAGUCACUAAUGUCCAGGUAAGAAUAUUAACUGAAACAUGACAAAUGUGAGCUUACCAUUCAAUAGGAUGUACUGGGAUCAUGGAUUAAGUGUCAAACAGACUAUUUAAAAUAUCCUGAGCAGUUCCUGAAUAUACAAUAAGUAGUUGAGAGGUUGAUAGGUGGAGCAGUCUUGUUUAUUUCUACGAUGUUCUUUGGUCACUAUAAUACCUCUGGGUUACUUUAGAAGCUGUGGGAUUUGCAGCUCACUGUGGGUCUUGGCUACCAUCAGUUGUGAUACAAUUUUAAGAGAAAUAAUGCCACAACAUGGCAGAACCAAGUAGAGUGAUUACCUUGUUAUUGAAAAUCUCUUAAAAUAAAUUGGCUCUCUAGUUUCAGCAGAAGUCCCAUUAAAAUGAUAGAUAGUUCCAAGUAUUUGCUCGUGAACUAUCAAGAGAGGCUAAAUAAGCUCAAUCUAUUCUCUGUGAGGUAAUUGUGCAAAACUAGGAAAAGUGAAUAGAGGUGCGCUAUAGGAAAACAAUAAGCAUAAACAUAACAAAAUGUCUUCACAAUUCACAAUAUGAUUGUUAAAUAAAUUAUUCCAAAACAAAAUAGGCUUCCAACUGAACAGGAAUGUUGGCCUGAUACUAAAGAAUGGGAGAGAUUGGAAAAAAGCUACAAAAUAAGAUGCUGUAGGUAAGGCGGUUAGAUUUUUCUUCUUUCUGCUUACUUAUUGUAUUAUAGUCUAUAAAGCAGUUCAAAAUUGAUAGGUUUACCAUGGGUUGAUGCCCUUGUUUCUGUAAGUAACUUGAGAUCGAGGCUGAAUUCUUCUCAGUUUACACAAGCUCUACUGUCAGUCCAUAUCUGAGGAUGACAAGGCAAAUAGUUGUCACCUUCUUAUACAAGAUUUCUGCAGAUUGAAUUAUUUGUACUUUUAUUAUUUUAUUUUGAUAAACUGUAUUUAAACUGUAGCACUAGAUUCAAUCUUAUUUAAGGCUUAGCAGCGAGCCUUCAAUGAAUAACACCAGCUAAUGAAACCCGGACUUUUAUACUGAAUCGUGGUUGUGAGACAGCUUUUUAUCACUUUCUUCACAAGCAAGUGUUGCAGAGAGUUUUGUGGCUCCCAUUGAGCCUUCACUCACGAGGCCUGAUAACUUCAACAGUGAUGUAUCAGAUACUCAGAGCAUUUUGCAACUCCAGCAGUAGAAUGUUGGACUUCAGUGCAGAACGUUUUGGUGAUGUUUAUAUAGCAUUUCAACUAUUUUCCUUUUUGCUAGUGAGCUGUUUUGACUUUAUGUCACACCGUAGGGUGAUUGAUGAAGGCCUUCCUUCUUUAUGAGUGAAGCAAACACAUUGUCAAUGAGACUUCAUAGCAGCAUCUAUAGCAACAGGAAUAAACCCACUGUACAAAUCUAGAGGAUGUCUGGCUAAACACAGCAGGCAGAAAAAAAGAUAACAUAAAGAAUAGAGUUUAGAACCUCACUCCUUCCAACUUAACAUGUAAUGUGAUAAAUGUGGGAAUUUUUGUGCAAACUCAAUUCAAACCUUGCAAUAACUUUGUUGCUUCAAGCUAACUCUGAACUGACUAGUCUGUGUAGGAACUCAAUUCAAUAGAAAUGGUAUGAAUUCAGAGUUAAUGAUAAACUGGUAUCAAAAUGACCAGAUCAGCUAACAUCUGGCAUCUCCAUUUCCAUUCUACUCUCUCAAAAAUGCAUAUUCUGGCAUGACUUGGCAUUAUUUUGAUUGAUGGGGAUUCAUCUUGGAAACAUUGUCAAACCCAAAAUUACAACUUGAAGGUAUAAGUAGCACAGAGAUAGUAGGAACUGCAGAUGCUGGAGAAUCUGAGAUAACAUGGUAUGAAGCUGGAUGAACACAGCAGGCCAAGCAGCAUCAGAGGAGCAGGAAAACUUGAUGUUUCAGGUCGGGACACUUCUUCAGAAAGAUAAGUAGCACAGUUGGUUUGUCUCUUUGCUUUUUACCAGUGGGAUCCAGUCUCAAAUCUAUUUGAGUAAUGAAAAUCCUGCUGUUCUGAUGGUUAUGAGGGUGCAACAUGAAUUUAUACUGUAUAAAAUAAUGGUAAUUUGGCAUGAAGUGAUGGUUUUCACUCAGAGUAACAAUCACAAAUAUUGAAAAUGCAAGUGUUCCUUUAAAUCAGCAUGGGGUUGUCACUUUCUAAGAAUGGUUUAAAUGUUUUUUCUUUGUCUGAGAAAGAAGAACCUGAAGCUGAAGUUAGCUCAUGCUAUACCUUAUUUGAGAAUGCUUCAUGAUGGUAUUGGGUCAAACAAUGAAAAAUGCAUUUUGGUCCAAGCACUAAUGUACAUCACCGAGAUCAGCAUAAAAAAUACCCCACACAAUAAUAUUUAAAAAUCAAAAGUUAAAAUACAGCAAUCAAUUGUGAUGGGAAAAGCUACGUGCUGCUCGGUAACAAGAAGGCUUUUACACUUGUUUGUGUUCAAACCGGCUUUACAUACUGCACACAUACAGGAUGUAUAUAAUUUCAAUAUGCAUCAAUAUUGAAGUGGUGGCUGCAGAAAUCAGAUAUUGCAUAUAUAUAUAUGUGUCAAGGGAGAAUGAAUCCUGUGAUGUUGUGGGUAUAUUUAACACCUCUAAUGGUGUCGGUAUAAUGCCUCGUAACAUAUCAGUGCAGAUAUGGUGUCAGUACAAACCAAUGUGAAUGGACUUCUCCCAUUUUAUUUCUACUUCAGUUCAGAAGUCAAAAUCCUCUGAUUUUUCACUCUGUAAGCAAAACUGUGUUUGAAUCAAUAUUAUAUUGACAAUUAUGAUUUUGAUUGUCAGCUCUGUGGAUGAAUAUUUGGCUUUUCCUUCUGCAUUUGAAUAUUUUAAACAUGAUGAGAAAAUCCUUGCGUACACUAUGCAAACAGAAAGCAUUUAUAUGAAUUGCAAUAAUAUUAUACAUAAAAUCAAUUAUAUUGUAUUAUGCUUUCUGUAAAAAUGAAAAUAUAAGAAAAAUGUUUUCUAUUUGGGAGUUUGAGCUGUAAUCCUGUAAAAUGUAAUCUGAUCAUAUUUAUACUCUCACUGUUUAGAGCCCUUAAAGUGUGAUUGAAGCUGUU